AUGUCGCUAACCAGUGAGGAACUCAACUACCUUAUCUGGAGGUAUCUUCAAGAGUCUGGUCAUGAAGUUAGCGCACUAUCAAUGCAGGAGGAAACUCGUGUGUUGGAGUUUGAUGAAAAGUAUAAAGAACAUAUACCUAUAGGCACUCUGGUUAAUUUUGUUCAGAAGGGCAUUCUGUAUACUGAAAGCGAGCUUUUAGUUCGAUAUGAUGGUAAUGUAAUGCCUGUAGAUCCAAGCCAUUAUGAGAAGGAUUUUAAUUUAGUACAGGCUUUAGAGGUGGAUAAACAAAGAUUUCCAGAACUAGUUGCAAGAGGGAGGUUUGCAUUGAAGCAUGAAGAAGAAAAAGAGCCUGAUAUACAAAUUAAGGAUGAAGGGAUUGGGAAGGACAGUGAUGAUUCAUUUAUCAAGACUUUACAGUGCCUGUAUACUUUUCCUGCAGGUUAUGUAUCGCAGUGGAAUCCAAAAUUUGGGACGGUAUUUGCUUGUGGUCAUAGAGAUUCACAAGCAUCAAUAAUAUACUUUGAGGAAUUUGAAGACAAGUGGACUAUCAAAGAUACAUACUCGCUUGUUCAUCCUAAUGUAUCUGAAAAGCAAAACGAAGUAACGUGCCUCGAAUGGUCACCGAACGGAGAAAGCUUAUUAACCGGUGUAGAAAAUGGAGAAUUGAGGCUUUGGUCCAUGGAAGGAAAGCUGCAAAACAUCCUUAGUCAUCAUAAGGCUCCAGUGGUGUGUAUAAAAUGGAAUAUUGAUCAGACUCAUGUACUGACCUGUGAUGUAGAAAACGUGACUAUAGUAUGGAAUGCGUUAUCUGGUACUGCGUUACAGCAUUUCAAUUUCAGAGAACCGGGUAGUACCGAAUCGCUUGGCGUCGAUAUUACAUGGAUAGAUCAGGAUAAAUUUGCCAUUCCAGGGCUACAUGGUUCUAUAUUAAUUUUUAAUAUCGGCGUAAGCAAGCCAAUUGGGAAACUAUUAGGACAUACCCAAACGUUGACUACCUUGUCUUAUAAUUCAGAAAACCAGCUAUUAUUAAGUGCUUCUGAUGACUAUACGCUGCGUAUUUGGAGGGGCGGGAAUAUUAAUCCAUCUAAUACUUUCUAUGGCCAUACCCAGUCUAUCACAUCCGCACAGUGGAUUAACGAGGAUACGAUUAUAUCUACUUCAAUGGAUGGAUCAAUCUCUGUGUGGUCAAUAAAAUUCAGUUCUCCAAUUGCAACAGCUACUGUAGACGGUCUACCCAAUUUUACUGGAUCUUUGUCGCCUGAUAAACUUAAAUUCGCUACAGGUACAAUGGAUGGUGAAGUGACAGUUUAUGAUAUUAAGAAGCUACUAAAUAGUUUAAAAGGCCAUGGAAUGAGUGCCAAUACAGUUUCUAAUUCAAUUUCUAUCCCUGUAAUAGGCGAUUACCAAUCAAAUAAGGAAGGUAGCUAUGUAGUGCAUAUUGCUUGGAGCCAAGAUAGUAAAAGGCUAAGUGUCUCAUAUUCACUGGGUGAUGUAGCUAUGAUAUCUUUGGUAUGA